AAAUCACCAUGAUUUGCUAUUUGUGUUUUACGAAAGUAUAAAAGCUGAUCUGAGACUCAAGCGUGUCAUCAGUACUCACUCCUUCAACAAGUCAGUAACAAGAUGAAGAACAUUACAGUGAUACUGUGUCUUGCACUUGUUGCAGUUGUCUUCGUGACUCUCAGUGAAGGUCACGGACACGGUCAUGGUCACGGUCACGGACAUGGUCACGGACACGGUCAUGGUCAUGGUCACGGACAUGGUCACGGUCAUGGUCACGGUCACGGACAUGGUCACGGUCACGGACAUGGCCACGGACACGGUCAUGGUCACGGACAUGGUCACGGCCACGGCCACGGCCACGGCCACGGCCACGGUCAUGGUCACGGACAUGGCCACGGACACGGUCAUGGUCACGGACAUGGUCACGGUCAUGGUCACGGACAUGGACACGGUCAUGGUCACGGACACGGUCAUGGACACCACGGCUAAAACAAGAAAAAGAUUAGGCGUGAAAGUAUGGCCGAAACCUUCUUGGAAACAAUGUGAAUUAUGUACAAAAUAAACUAUAACGAUCUUCA